UUUCAUCCAAUGCUACUGAUAGGCAGUCUUGUGUUAGAGUGCAGCACAACAGGUAGAACAACGUUUGCUUCCCCUUCAUAAUUGGACAGCUCCCUAGAAACAUGGGUAUGUUGAGUAGGCAGAUAUGCAGCGCUACAAAUAUAGCGCUCAGCGACAGCGCUCAUUUUCUAGUUUAGACUCGCAAGAGGCUUUGUCCGAGCACGGGCUCACGUCGCAGCCUUCAGCCCCCAAGGAGAUGAGCUACGGCGUUGUCCCAGCGAGGACUUCGGUUAUCGAUGGUAGCGCUCGACUUCGGCAGGAGGACCUGGAAACCCAGGCACUUCUUCCGAAGGGCAGCAGUACAGCGGGCCAGCAGGCGCACCUGAGCCCAGCAGUGCUGCUUGCGUCCAUAGGCAAAGUCAGCCGCGGGCCAGCCGCCGGCCGCGCCGAGGACAGCAGCGGCGGAGCCGCGGGGGAUCCGGCAGCCAGGGUCGGGAAAUCGUUCGAGAGCCUGGACUAUGAGGAGUACGACGACACGGUGUAUCGUGCCGAUCAGGCCGCCAGCUCCUCGCUGGACAGCUUGCUGUACAGCGCAAACAAGUACCUGGUGUGCUUUGCUGUUGGCGUGGUGACGGCGCUGGCGGCCUUCGCCGUGAACCUGGCGGUGGAGAACAUCAGCGGCUUCAAGUUCUGGGCCACGCUCACCAUCAUGGAGCGGGGCGACGUGCUGGGCUCCUACCUGGCCUACACCGCCAUGAAUGCGGCGCUGGUGGGGGCCAGUGUGGCCAUCACGCUGUAUGUGGGCCCGGCGGCGGCGGGCAGCGGCAUCGCGGAUGUCAAGGCCUACCUGAACGGCGUGGACGUGCCGCACAUCUUCCACUUCAACACGCUGGCGGCCAAGGUGCUGGGCGCCAUAGGCAGCGUGGCGGGCGGGCUGGCCAUCGGCAAGGAGGGGCCGUUCGUGCACGCGGGGGCGGCCAUUGCCGCCAUCAUUAGCCAGGGCGGCUCGGGCUCAGCGCGGCUGCCCUGGAUGCGGAACUUCUGGAAUGACCGCGACCGGUACGACAUGGUGGCGUGCGGCACGGCGGCGGGCGUGGCGGCGGCGUUCCGCUCGCCCGUGGGUGGCGUGUUGUUCGCGCUAGAGGAGAUGACGAGUUGGUGGAAGAACCAAAUGCUGUGGCUGGCCUUCUUCACCACCGCGGUGGUGUCGGUGGCCAUCCGCGUGCUGAUGAAGGCGUGUAGCGCCAACGGCUGCGGGUUCUUUGGAUCCGGCGGCUUCAUCUAUUUUGAGAUCCAGGAGGGCCAGGACACGUACGAGUUCUUCGAGCUGCUGCCCAUGCUGCUGCUGGGCGUGCUGGGGGGGCUCAUGGGCUCGGGCUUCAUCGUGAUGAACACGCGCCUCAGCGAGUGGCGCCGCCGCAACCUGGCGCCGCUGGGCCGCCGCGGCCGGCUGCUUGAAGGCCUGGCCAUCAGCGUGCUCACCUCCACCCUGUCCUUCGUGGUCCCGCUCAUGGUGGCCUGCACCGCCUGCCCGCCCGGCUCCGAGGGCGCCUGCCCGCGCACUGACGACCUGCACAGCGGCAACUUCGUGAAGUUCGGCUGCCGGCAUGUGGGCGGCCGCGGCUACUACAACGACCUGGCCACGUUGUUCUUCAACACGCAGGACGACGCGAUCCGCAACCUGUUCGCGUCUAAGACCAAGCGCGAGUACACAGUGGCGGCGCUGUUCACCUUCACCACCAUCUUCUACUUCCUAGCCGCCCUGACGUACGGCAUAUUCGCGCCCACCGGCCUCUUCGUGCCCAGCAUCCUGUGCGGCGCCGCCUACGGCCGCCUGGUCGGCAUCUUCGUUGCGGACAUGCACCCGGGGCACUACAUAGACGAGGGCACGUACGCGCUGCUGGGGGCCGCGAGCUUCCUGGGGGGCGCCAUGCGAAUGACGGUGUGUACAUGUGUGUUGUUACUGGAGCUAACGAACAACCUGGCGCUGCUGCCGCUCAUUAUGCUGGUGCUGCUGGUGGCUAAGGCCGUGGGCGACGGCACGGGCAUCAAGCCCAUCUACGAGGUGCAGAUGGAGAUCAAGGGGCUGCCCUUCCUGCAGCCGCAGCCCGAGGCCUUCAUGCGCCACAUCACGGCCAAGGAGUGCUGCGGCCGGCCGCCCGUCACAUUCAACCGGGUGGAGAAGGUUCGCUCCAUAGUGGAGACGCUGCGCUCCAACGGCCACAACGGCUUCCCGGUGCUGCACCGCGGCCCGGACGGCGAGCGGCUCAUCUGCGGCGUGGUGCUGCGGCAGCAGCUGCUCACGCUGCUGGGGAGCGGCAGCCGCAGCAUGCAGCCCUCGCCCACAGUCAACGACAGCAGCAGCAGGGCGGCGCUGUCCUACAGUGUUCCCGAGUUCUCCAAGCCCAUGUCUGACCCUGCGGAGGGGUCUGCAGACGGCGUGCUGGCCCCGGGGGCUCUGGGCGAGGACGUGCUGGAUCUGUUCCUGGACCUGGGCCCCUUCCUCAACACCAGCUACCACGUGGUGCAGGAGGACGCGCCACUGUCCAAGGUGUACCAGCUGCUGCGGACGCUGGGGCUGCGGCACAUCUGCGUCGUGCCAAGGGCGCACGAGGUGGUGGGCAUGAUCACUCGCGCCGACCUGCUGCCUGACGCCCUGGAGAAGCGCUACAGCGGAAUGCCCGGCCACUACACCACAGACGGCCUCAACAUAUCCGUGCACACGCCAGGGACCGCCGGCAGCGGCUCAGGAGGCAGCGGCCACGCCCCGCUCAGCCCAGGCGGAGGCGGAGCGGGCGGCAGCCGGGCCACGACGGGGGCAGGCGCGGGCGGGCCGGCCGGGUCAGGAGGGGAGGGCGGCGGGCCAGGCGGCUCCGCGGCAGCGGGGCAAGUUGGGAUCCGCGCAGACACGCCCACUGCGUCGGUCGCGGGCGCAGCUAGCGCCUUUGCGCCGGCGGCUGGGCAGGCGGCAGACGCUGCCACGUCAGCGAGUGCGGCGGCCGCGACCAUUGGUAACCUGAGCCGCCGUGUGGCGGCGGCGGGCCGCGGCUUUGGAAUGCUCAGCACCGGCGGGCCAGGUACCAUUGCCGGGGGCGGCGGGGCGGGCAACAUUGAGCUGCGGACCACAUCUCCAACUGGGAGUGUCAACUUGCCGACAGGCCGCUGAAGGAGGUGGCAGGUGGUUAGGCUACGGGGUACUGUACAUCGGAAGCUGUAAGGAGGUCUCGUUAGCGUACUAGCUAUUAGUGCUUGACACUCGUCUGCAUGCAGGCGUGUGUGCUGGGUGCAGUGAUAUGCAGUUAAGAAAGGGGCAUGCACAUGGCAGAGGGCGAGGAAAGGGAUAUUGUACUGGUCCGGGUCAUCUAGGCGACUGCCAUGUGUAUUACAACCGAGCGUGCUAACGGACAAAUAGCAUCAACAUGGCAUAGCGUAUGCUAUCUCAUGAUUCCGACAACCCCCAAAGCGCCAGGAGCGUGGAGAGUGGCGGGCGGUCGUCAAGUCACAGUGGGUUAGGCAGAGAUCUGAUGGGCAGCCACGCAGUCCGCCCACGAGCUUUUUGUGAUGGCCGCCGGCGGCGGGGCCGGGCUGAGAGCCUGAACGGCGCUAGCAGGGCGUGGGGCUGAGGGUGCACGUGUCGAUUGGCGGCGAGUGACGUGACUAGUUUGUUAGCUGCAGGUUAGCACGGACUGUGCACCCCACCCAACCGGCCACGUCCGGAUUUGCGGGGAUGCCAAAGGCCCCCAACAUAGAGGCGUGUGCUUAGUAGGCGCCCGCGUCAAGGUGGCUGGGUUGAUAACGACCCGGGAGGGCCCUUUUCCUGCCUCCCUAAGGCAACCACCUCCUUGUUGUGAUGAGAUGCGCAUUGCGUAGAGAAGCCAGGAUAGGAUGCAGUGAUGCACGGCCAGCACAUGCGGCUGGCCUCGAGGCUGUCAGUAAGUUGCCUUGGUUACAGUGCCCUCCACGGGUGCGACAUGCUCCCAUGGUGUGUUAGGGCCAUCCGUGGCUCUCGCCAACGCGGCGUCUCCACACGCGAGCAAUGUGUUGAUCGUUACAAGAGGGACGUGCUGACGCGUUUACGAGCCUGUGACUUGGAAUGCAAUCACCCUGCUCUGGAUUCCACUAGCUGGCUGCGCGUGGACAGGGAAGUGUGAAUGGGCAUCGGACCCUUGAAGAGAGCGAGCACCGUAUUGAAAGUUGUCCCUUGCCGGGCUCACGGACGCCUCCUGUGACUCUUAUGCUCGCGU